AUGGAGCUGAGAAAGGAUGAACACCGUGAUUUUGUGCAUAGGAUGAUGAGUGCAAAGAACCUGAUGUACUACUUGUCAGCACCGUAUAGACUGAAUACUGUGUAUUGGGCAGUAAACUCGAUGCUGAUUCUGGAAGAUCAAAGAGCAGCAGAGGCACAAGGCGAAGCUGUUGCGUAUGUGCUGAGGAGUAAAAACACAGAUGGAGGGUUUGGAGGCAGUGAGGGAUAUCCAUCGAACAUAACAAGUACAUUUAAUGCAUUACAGAUACUAUAUAUGUGCAAGUAUCGGUAUGAAGGAGAAGACACAGUAAAGUACAUAUGUGGGCUGCAACAGGGCUCUGGAUGCUUUCACAAUGAUGAGUAUGGAGAAGAGGACACAAGAAUCAAUUGCUGUGCGGUUCUGAGUCUGCACCUGCUUUGUCUACUUGGAGAAGGAUGCUUUGGAACCGAGAUGCUAGCAGCGCCGAUGGAUGGCAGUUACCUGACGAGCAUAGGCAUUGAUGUGCCGAGGAUUAUUGAGUAUACGUUGAGGUGCUUCAACAAAGAUGGUGGAUUUGGAGCCAUACCUGGUGCAGAAUCUCAUGCAGCACAGGUAUUCUGCUGCUUGAGUGUGCUGCGAUCUCUUGGGGCGCUUGAAUGCAUAGACCGUACACGAGUGAGGAGGUUUAUUACAAUGAGACAGACAGCAUCUGGAGGGCUUGCAGGGCGUAUAAACAAGAAGGAGGACGUGUGCUAUUCGUUCUGGGCAUACUCAUCGGCCGUGAUGAUUGGCGAGCAGCAAUGUAUUGAUGAGGAGUGUCUUAUCAGGUUUAUUCUGUCGUGCCAGGGAAAGGCUGGAGGGUUUUCUGAUCGUCCUGGAAAUGAGACUGAUUUGUAUCACCUUAUGUUUGCUCUGGCAGGGUUGUCUUUGCUAGGAUAUAGCGGACUCAGGAAGAUUGAUGCAGGAUUUGGAUUGUAG